AUGAAGCUCUCUCAUCUGAGCGUUUCUCUCAUCGUUACCGUGGCCGCAGCCCAGUCCUACACUCCUGCCGACCAGCUCGAUGUUCAAUCCCACCUGAUUUCAGACCCCUACGAGGUUUCCAACAAAAGUUACGAUUACAUCAUUGCCGGUGGUGGUCUGACCGGUCUAACAGUUGCUGCAAAGCUUACCGAGGACCCGACGAUCAGCGUCCUGGUCAUUGAACGUGGCUUCUACGAAUCCAACGAUGGCGCUAUAAUCCAAAACCCAAACACUUACGGCGAAGUCUUCCUCACCUCUGCUGACGCCAACUACGGUACCGUCGAUCAGGCCAUCAACAAUCGCAGUCUAGCUAUUAAGUCAGGUAAAGGUCUCGGUGGAUCUACUUUGAUCAACGGUGACUCCUGGACUCGCCCUGAUAAAGUUCAAAUCGACUCUUGGGAGACGGUCUUCGGUAACAAAGGAUGGAAUUGGGAUACUUUGAACAAGUAUAUGAAUCAGGCUGAGCACGCUCGCUUCCCUACUGCUGCUCAGAUCGCUGCAGGUCAUUCAUUCAAUGCAUCCUGUCAUGGUUUCAAUGGGAGUAUUCCUUCUGGUCCUCGUGAUGAUGGAGCUGACUAUACGCCUAUUGUUCGGGCUCUGAUGAAUACCACCGCUGCCAUGGGUAUUCAAACUCAAGUCGAUCUUCUCUGUGGUCAUCCCCGUGGUGUCUCAAUGCUCUAUAACAACUUGCACGAGGACCAGACCCGUGCUGAUGCUGCGCGCCAGUGGUUGCUGCCCAAUUACAAGCGCCGGAAUCUACAAAUCCUCACCGGUCAAAUGGUCGGCAAGGUACUAUUUGACAACUCCGUCAAAGCUACUGGUGUUAACUUUGGUACCAACAAAGCUGUCAAUUUCAAUGCUUAUGCCAAACACGAGGUUCUCCUUGCUGCCGGCUCCUCGGUCUCUCCUCUUAUCUUGGAAUACUCUGGUAUCGGGUUAAAGUCUGUACUUGACGCCGCUGGCAUCGAUCAGCGUGUCGAUCUCCCGGUCGGUCAGAAUAUGCAGGAUCAGACCACAACCACUGUUCACUCUCGUGCCAAUGUGAAAGGCCAAGGACAAGCUAUCUAUUUCGCCAACUUCACUGAGGUCUUCGGUGACUAUACUCCUCAGGCUACCGAGCUUCUCAAUACUAGACUCGAGCAGUGGGCUGAGGAGACUGUUGCCCGUGGUGGAUUUAGCAACGUGACCGCUUUGAGGAUUCAAUAUGAAAACUACCGUGACUGGCUUCUGAAUGAAGACGUUGCAUUUGCAGAGCUCUUCAUGGAUACCCAGGGAAACAUCAACUUCGAUAUAUGGGAUCUUAUUCCCUUUACCCGUGGCUCUGUGCAUGUCCUGAGCAGUGAGCCGUACCUGAUGCAAUACGCAAAUGACCCUCAGUACUUCCUGAAUGAGCUCGACCUACUCGGUCAGGCCUAUUCUACCAAGCUCGCCCGCGAUUUAUCCUCAUCCGGCGAAAUGAAACAGUAUUUUGCUGGUGAGACUGUCCCCGGUGAUAACCUUGCCUCAGAUGCUAGCGCCGAUCAGUGGGUCGCUUAUGUCAAGGAUAAUUUCCGCCCUAAUUAUCAUGCCGUUGGUACAUGCUCCAUGAUGCCUCGUGAGAUGGGUGGUGUUGUGGACUCCGAGGCUAAGGUCUACGGUACUCAGGGACUCCGUGUCAUUGACGGUUCUAUUCCUCCUACCCAGGUUUCUGCUCACGUCAUGGGCGCUUUUUACGGAAUGGCAUUGAUCAUCGCCGAGUCCAUUGUGGCUGAUUAUCAGUCCUAG